GUCACAAAGACACUCUCUUGAAGUCACUAGUACCUCCUACCAUUGUCAACUGAGGCCUUCAGUGGCUACCAUGACCUUUAUGACAAAAACCCAAAUUCUCUAGAACUGGUCUCCAGAGUACAGCAACACGUUGUCAAAGAAAACAUCCUGGAAUGGUGAACAGAACCUGGGCCUCAACUGGGAAUUCUAACGUCUCACCACCUGGACGAGCAAAUUUGGAGAUUUUUGCUGAAAUCUCUGAAUUCUGCUUUUGAGCACUCAUGAAUAACCACGUAUCUUCAAAACCAUCCACCAUGAAGCUAAAACAUACCAUCAAUCCUAUUCUUUUAUAUUUUAUACAUUUUAUAAUAUCACUUUAUACUAUUUUAACAUACAUUCCAUUUUAUUUUUUUUCUGAGUCAAGACAAGAAAAAUCCAACCAAAUUAAAGCAAAGCCUGUAAAUUCAAGACCUGGGUCUGCAUACAGAUCUGUUAAUAGUUUGGAUGGCUUGGCUUCAGUUUUAUACCCUGGAUGUGAUACACUAGAUAAAGUUUUUAUGUAUGCAAAAAACAAAUUUAAGAACAAAAGACUCUUGGGAACACGUGAAAUUUUAAAUGAGGAAGAUGAAGUACAACCAAAUGGAAAAAUUUUUAAAAAGGUUAUUCUUGGACACUAUAAUUGGCUCUCCUAUGAAGAUGUCUUCAUUCAAGCCCUUAAUUUUGGAAAUGGCUUACAGAUGUUGGGUCAGAAACCGAAGACCAACAUCGCCAUCUUCUGUGAAACCAGGGCCGAGUGGAUGAUUGCUGCACAGGCGUGUUUUAUGUAUAACUUUCAGCUUGUUACAUUAUAUGCCACUCUAGGUGGUCCAGCAAUUGUUCAUGGAUUAAAUGAAACAGAGGUGACCAACAUCAUUACUAGCAAAGAACUCUUGCAAACGAAGUUGAAGGAUAUCGUUUCUUUGGUCCCACGCUUGCAGCACAUCAUCACUGUUGAUGGGAAGCCACCAAACUGGUCUGAGUUCCCCAAGGGCGUCAUCGUGCAUACCAUGGCUGCGGUGCAGGUUCUGGGAGCCAAGGCCAACAUGGAAAACCAACCGCAUAGCAGACCAUUGCCCUCGGAUAUUGCAGUAAUCAUGUACACGAGUGGCUCCACAGGACUUCCAAAAGGGGUCAUGAUCUCACAUAGCAACAUUAUUGCUGGUAUAACCGGAAUGGCGGAAAGGAUUCCAGGCCUGGGAGAGGAAGAUGUGUAUGUUGGAUAUUUGCCUCUGGCCCAUGUUCUAGAAUUAAGUGCUGAGCUUGUUUGUCUUUCUCAUGGAUGCCGCAUUGGUUAUUCCUCACCACAGACUUUAGCAGAUCAGUCUUCAAAGAUAAAAAAAGGAAGCAAAGGGGAUACAUCCAUGUUGAAACCAACAUUGAUGGCAGCUGUUCCGGAAAUCAUGGAUCGGAUCUACAAAAAUGUCAUGAAUAAAGUGAAUGAGAUGAGUAGUUUUCAACGCAAUCUGUUUAUUUUGGCCUAUAAUUACAAAAUGGAACAGAUUUCAAAGGGGCGUAGUACUCCACUGUGUGAUAGCUUUGUUUUCCGGAAAGUUCGAAGCUUGCUAGGUGGAAAUAUUCGACUUCUGUUGUGUGGCGGUGCUCCGCUUUCUGCAACCACACAGCGAUUCAUGAAUAUCUGCUUUUGCUGUCCUGUUGGUCAGGGAUAUGGACUUACUGAAUCUGCUGGGGCUGGAACAAUCACAGAAGUGUGGGACUACAAUACUGGCAGAGUGGGAGCACCAUUAGUUUGCUGUGAAAUCAAAUUAAAGAACUGGGAGGAAGGUGGAUACUUUAAUACUGAUAAACCACACCCCAGGGGUGAAAUUCUUAUUGGUGGCCUAAAUGUGACAAUGGGAUACUACAAAAAUGAAGCAAAAACAAAAACUGAUUUCUUUGAAGAUGAAAGUGGACAGAGGUGGCUCUGUACUGGAGAUAUCGGAGAGUUUGACCCUGAUGGUUGUUUAAAGAUUAUUGAUCGUAAAAAGGACCUUGUAAAAUUGCAGGCAGGAGAAUAUGUUUCUCUUGGGAAAGUGGAGGCAGCUCUGAAGAAUCUUCCACUGAUAGAUAAUAUUUGUGCAUAUGCAAACAGUUAUCAUUCUUAUGUCAUUGGAUUUGUUGUGCCAAAUCAAAAGGAACUUACAGAACUAGCUCGAAAGAAAGGACUUAAAGGGACUUGGGAGGAGCUGUGUAACAGUUGUGAAAUGGAAAAUGAGGUACUUAAAGUGCUCUCUGAAGCUGCUAUUUCAGCAAGUCUGGAAAAGUUUGAAAUUCCAGUAAAAAUUCGUUUAAGCCCUGAACCAUGGACCCCUGAAACUGGUCUGGUGACAGAUGCCUUCAAGCUGAAACGCAAAGAGCUUAAAACACAUUACCAGGCGGACAUUGAACGAAUGUAUGGAAGAAAAUAAUUAUUCUUUUUUGGUGUCGGUUUGCUACAGUGAGCUCAGAUCAAAUAGGAAAAUACUUGAAACGCAUGUCUCAAACCGUGAGGCAGACUCCAUUCCUCAUAUUAAAUAAACCUAAACUGUUAUUUCUCAUGACAUCACCAUUUUUAACUGACAGGAUUAGUAAAAUAUUAAGACAGCAAA